AACUUGUACAUGCCAAGGAUGGUGGGGAUACGGCGGAAGAGGAGGACGAGGAAGCCAAGGCUGAUCAGGCGUCCCCACGCCGUGCCGGUGGUACGGGACUUGCUCCACGGCAUAAUAAGACCAUUGCACAUGAAGCUGCCAAAGUUUAGCAAGGCGUUCAUGCAAGAGUUGACCUCGUCAUGGCGCACUUCGGCCUCAUGGAGGAACUCGCUCUUCCAGUUCAAGGUGUUGCCAGCGACGAAGCAGGCGAGCAGGUCGUCGGUGCCGAGCAUGCCGCAAAUGCCUGCAAGGAAGAGAGGCCUAGAGCGGUAGGGGGGAGGAGAGCGGCUUCCGAGUUGGGACACACCUGUGCUGCAGAUAGUCUUUCCAGCCCCGAACCCAACCCGGGCACCAAUUCCAACAGACACAAGUACAAUGUACCGCCACGUCUCUACCACUCAGUUUCCGAUCGCGACGCCGACGCCUCCAUUGAGCCUGCCCACUCUGGCCACCGUGCCAUGUCCACCAGAAGAAUCACCGGCCAUACUUCGUCGACCCGUAAUGGCCACUUGGACGCCGAUCACGAUGCGGUUCAGGCCGAGGGUGAACCUGUUCCCGGACCGAGACUGGUUCUGACAAGGACGGCGGGUAGCGCUUCACCGACAAAACCAACGGCUCUUGAUCUUGACGGAUAUGGUGCCGAAGAGGAUAAAGAAGGCGCUGAGAACACCGAUGACCUUGUCAAGGUCGCUGAUAUCUAGAUUCGGCAUC